AUGCCCUCUUACUUUUACCAUCUCAGUCUGGAAAUCUUCUGUCCCGAUACUUCCCCAGCAGCUUCUUCGCUAGCUCUCGAAACCACUUACGAAGCUCUUGAACCAUUCCAAAACCGGUCCCGCCCCGCAAGCUCAAGCCCCUCAAAGACAGCGAGCCAUCCACACGGUGCUAAGAGAUACGAUAAAACCGCACAAACCAUCUCUUACCGACCCCGGUCCAGCUUGCUUGACGGUGCUUCAGACCAUCAAACACCAAAUUCAGACAACUUCUCCACCGCUACUCUCACCGACACCGCACAGCACAUAUCACUCCUCGAAACAGACCUUCGCACUGGCCCGAUUUCAAUAGAGUGCAUUGACAUGGUUGCGCCCGAGAAUAAACGAGCGCAUAAGAGGCCUCCAUCGGAACAGGCUAGUCUUGUCACAGCAGGCAUCGGGACUGAGAUUCUCGGCGGCCUUCGCACCAAGGGCCGAUAUAUUCCCCUUGACCAGAAGGUUGAAGACAGCGUCUGCGGAAUUGUUCAUUUGUAUCGCGACUCGCAGGAAACAACUUACCUGGCCAGUAAUAACGAUGAUUACCCAACCUACUUGAAGGGGUCUUCAGCGACUGCGAGACAAUCUGUGGACCAGCAACAAUCUUCAGCUAUUGAGCCUAACAUUAAACAUGGUCAGGGGAGGAGUAAGAGGUCAGCAGAUCUGAAAGCGUUUCCGUUCCCUGCGACGGCUUCUUGUUCAUCGGCCCAGAACACGGAUACGGUGGACGAUUGUAGGACGCUGUGUAUUUUGGCUGUGCCCUCUUAUCUUUCGCCGUCAGACUUCUUGGGCUUUGUAGGUGAGAAGAUGCUGGACGAUGUGAGUCAUUUUCGAAUGAUCAGGACGCCGCGUGCGAACCGGUAUAUGGUUUUAAUGAAAUUUCGAGACGGGAGGAAGGCCAUUGAGUGGCAAAAGGAGUGGAAUGGGAAGGUCUUUAACAGUAUGGAACCUGAAACCUGUCAUGUCGUCUUUGUCAAGUCAGUCGAGAUCCAGGUCGUGGAAUCUGAACCGCAGUCGAGUUUUCCUCCUACCGAGACUGGCCCCCUCUCACCUUCUGGACAAGCCACUCUCUCCACCAAACCUCUUGCUCCACCGACACCGGCGUUGGUGGAACUACCUACUUGUCCUGUUUGCCUGGAGCGAAUGGAUGAAACGGCAGGUCUCUUGACUAUCAUUUGCCAGCACGUCUUUCAUUGCACAUGCCUUCAGAAAUGGAAAGGCAGCGGGUGCCCCGUGUGCAGGUACACACAAGAUGGCUUCCAUAGAGGGAUCAAUGGCAGUGAAUCUAAUGAAGACCCGGCCAAGUGUUCUGUGUGCCACUCCGAGGAGAAUCUCUGGGCAUGUCUGAUUUGUGGGAAGGUCGGCUGUGGACGCUAUGACGGUGCCCACGCAUUCGACCAUUGGAAAGAAUCAGCCCAUGAAUUCGCCAUAGACCUGAACUCUCAGCGAGUCUGGCACUAUCUCGGUGACGCCUAUGUGCAUCGUAUCAUUCAAAGCAAAACGGACGGCAAGCUCGUGGAACUCCCCGCCGCAGACGACAGUGCCCUCGAUCCACCUGACUGGGCCGAUGCCGUCCCCCGCGAGAAACUCGAGAACAUGAGUCUGGAAUACACACACCUUCUGACUAGUCAACUCGAAAGCCAACGUGCCUACUUUGAGGAAAUUGUUGAGCGCGCCGCUGAUAAAGCCUCUCAAGCUACAGCGGCAGCCGUGGCAGCAGAGCAGGCGGCCAACACAGCCAUCAAACGCCUCGAAGAACUACAAUUUAAAUACGACACUCUCCACAAUGAAACCAUUCCAAAUCUUGAGAAAGACCGCACCCGCCUCGAGAAACGAGCGGCCAAUUUCGAGUCUCUAGCUCGGCGAAUGGAGAAAGAUUACCGCGAAGAAAAAACCAUGAACCAGUCUCUUCUGGAGCGCAUUGACAUUUUCACGAAAGAAAAUGUAUCUUUAAAAGCCGAGAAACUGGAUUUAGAGGAACAGAAUCGCGAUUUGACCUUCUUUAUCAGUGGAUCACAGCGACUGCAGGGCCAGAGUGAGGAUAUCACGGAAGGGACUGUUAGCGUCCCUGAACCAGAAAGCAAGAAGAAGAAGAAUAAAGGGAAGGGAAAGAAGUAG